GUGGGAAAAUUAGGAAGAAAUGGAACCCCAACCAGAAUAUGGGGAUGAAGGUCAACCCUGGUUUGCUUGAUCAGAAAACAUUGGCAGCUCUGAAGAUGAAUAAUGCUCAGUUAGGCGGUUUAAACUUAAACGCCGGGGCCGAUUCCAAGAGGGGAAACGACAUGAACCCCAUCGCCGCCGGUCUUUCCGGUUUUCAUGGAAACAAUGCUGCUAACGUUGUUCCUAAUGCUUCUGUUUUAGGAGCCAAUCCCAAUGGUAUGGGAGGAUAUCAUCAAGUUCAAUCCAACAAUUGCCUGCAGCAGGGGGCAUCUAACGAGUUUCCCGAACGGAGGAUUCACGACCAGUCAAUAUCCAUCGCCGAUGCUCAUGAACAUCAACGGCUACAACCAUCCGUCAUCAUCGAUGAUGAAUAUGAUGAACCUGCAGAACAGGCAACUACCUCAGAUGAUGUAUCAUAG